AUGAGCAUGGAGAACGUGGAAGUCUUUGACUCACCAGGAAAGGGACGUGGUUUAAGGGCCACAAAGGAAGUAUGGGCUGGAGAUGUACUGUUUGCAGAACCUUGCUUUGCAGCUGUUGUUUUUGAUAGUUUUGCAGCUUAUGUAUGUCACUGCUGUUUCCGUCGGCAGCAGAAGCUGCAGCGUUGUGGCCAGUGUCGGUUUGCACAGUACUGUGAUCGCACAUGUCAGCGUGCAGCCUGGGAAGAGCACAAACAGGAGUGUGCUGCCAUUAAGAGCCAUGGCAAAGUGCCCAAUGAAAACAUCCGGCUUGCGGCUCGUAUUAUGUGGCAUCUUGAUAAAGAUAGAGGUGUGAUCUCAGACCUUCAGCUCACUACAUUGGACAACCUGGAAGACCAUAUCACAGACAUCCCUGAGAUUGACUUGAAGGAGCUCAAAGUAGAUGUUCAUAACUUCUUGGAUUACUGGCCCAGAACAAGCAAGCAACACACCACUGACAGCAUCUCACACAUUUUUGGAUUGAUUAACUGCAAUGGCUUUAUGAUGAGUGAUCAUAAAGGACUUCAGGCAGUGGGUGUUGGUCUUUUCCCCAACCUUUGUCUGGUCAACCAUGACUGCUGGCCAAACUGCACAGUCAUUCUCAACAAUGGCAAUCACUCUACCAUCAAUACUAUGUAUCAUACUCAGAAGAGAAUUGAGCUACGGUCCCUGGGUAAGAUCAAUGUGGGGGAGGAAUUGACCGUGGCAUAUGUGGACUACCUGAAUCAGUCUGAGGACCGCAAACGCAUGCUUAAGCAGCAAUACUUCUUUGACUGCACCUGUGAUCACUGCGCAAACAAAACAAAAGAUGACCUGAAGAUGGCUGGUGCAGUGGUGGAUGGAGUUAAAGUACCAGAUGAGAAGGUGAAGGAAAUAACAGAAUAUAGUCAGGAGAUGCUGCAGAAGAUGGAGAAGGCCCGUAUAGAUGGCAACUACAAUGAGGUGGUAAAGAUCUGCCGAGAGUGUGUGGAAAAGCAGGAAAACGUCCUGGCGGAUACUCACAUCUACCAGCUAAAGAUGUGGAGUACGCUCAGUGAGGUUCUUUCCUACUUGCAGUUCUUUGAGGAGGCAGCUAUCUAUGCGCGUAAGAUGGUGGAUGGAUACAUGAAACUAUACAAUCCAAACAAUGCCCAGCUAGGCAUGGCUACAAUGAGAGCAGGAGUGACCCACUGGCAGGCUGGGCAUAUAGAGGUUGCACAUGGCAUGAUUUGCAAAGCAUAUGCCAUUCUCAUGGUGACUCAUGGGCCCACACAUCCCAUUACUAAGGACUUAGAGGCUAUGCGCAUGCAGACAGAGAUGGAGUUGCGCAUGUUUAAGCAGAAUGAGUACAUUUACCACACCAUGCGCGAGGCAGCACUUAAAAACCAGCCCAUGCAAAUGAUGGCAGAACCAGUUGAGGAGGGCAUCAAAAGCCUUUUCCGCAAGAAGUGACCUCACACAGUUUACACUCGACCAUCCUCACUAUUUAUUACUCAGUAUGGAUUUCAUCACUAUGGAUCAUCA